AUGGUUAAAUCCAAGAAAACUAAAAGCACUCAGGGACAAAAUUCGGGGUUUCUCUUUCCUUCCAACACCAUCAUCUCUUCUAAUACUGCCAAUUCUCAAAUUCCUGCAAUUCCUGGCAAUGAUGAAAAGUAUGCAAGGUUCCAUACUUUUUGGUUUAAAGAAGUUAUGACUAGAGAGCAUAAUAAACAUUGUACUAAUGCACUUAAGGCAUUAAAACGUCACCCACAUGCAACACCUUUUCUUGAACCUGUUGAACCAAUCAAGCUCAACAUCCCUGAUUAUCUUGAUAUUGUUAAAAUUCCAAUGGAUUUAAGUACAGUUGAGAAAAAUCUUAAUAACUGUGUAUAUAAAUGUGUUCAAGACUUUGUAGAUGAUGUUUGUCGCAUCUUCUCCAAUUGUGUCAUUUACAAUGGUAAACAUCACCAGUUUUCUCAAUAUGCUAAAGAGUUGGAAGAAAUAUUUAUUGCACAACUCUCUAAGAUGCCUGCUACAGAAUCCUCCUCUUCUUCUUCUAAACCAACCAAUAAAUUAAUCAAAAAACCUGUUAUAGAGACUGCCUUUCCUUCCACUGUUAAAACUGACAAUGCCGAAGCAAAUAGACCAAAAAGAACAAUCAAAUCUCCUAACAAAGAACUUCCUCAAAUCACUCAAACUUCCCGUCGUAAAAAAACUAAGAAAAAUGCUGAACUCAACUUUUGUCGUUCAGUCUAUCAAGAGUUGAAAAAAAAACAACAUUAUGCAUAUGCUUAUCCUUUCUAUGAACCUGUCAAUGCUGAAAAAUUAGGUGUUCCUGAGUAUUACAAUAUUAUAAAAACUCCUAUGGAUCUUUCCAUGAUAAGUACCAAAUUAGAAAAUGAAACAUAUACUUCUGCUGAAGAUUUUGAAGUAGAUAUCCGUUUGAUGUUUGAAAACUGUUACAAAUUCAAUCCUCCUGGUACUGAAGUUUAUAAUAUGGAGAUCAAGGAAGAAGAAGAAUCUGUUUCAGGUGAUGAAAAUGACCAUUUGAAAGCUCUACAGAGGCACCUUGCUGCAUUAUCAUCUCAAAUAACUCAAUAUAAAAAAUCAGGAAAAUCCAAAUCCAAAAAACCUAUUAAAAAAUCUAUUCAGUCAAAAACCAAAUCUGAUGCCAAUUCAUCAUUUGAUACCAAGUCAAAAACAAAACGUCCACGUAUUUCAAGCAUCAAUAAUAGUUUUAUUAUUAAUGAGGAAAAUCAAGAGCUUACUGCACAACAAAAGGCUAUCCUUUCCCAAAGGAUUGAAUAUCUUUCUCCUGAACUUACAGUUACACUUAUUAGCAUAGUACAACAGAGUGGAGCACCUUUAAUUGCAGAAAAAGAGGGUGGUUACGAAUUGGAAAUAGAAAAUAUAGACACUAAAAUUGUUAAACAAAUCUAUGAAUUUGUAAUGACGAACACAUCUGAUGCAAAUGAACUUAAGCAGAAAAGAAUAGCUACUGUCAAAAGAAAUAGCCAGAAAAAUGAAGAACAAAUAAUAGCUUUGGAAAAAACUUUGGCUAAAUUUGAUAAUAAAUCUAUAUCUACAAUCAUUCAUAUAGAGGCACAGUAUAGUUCCGAUGAUGAUUCUUUAGACAGUCAAAGUUCUGCAUCUUCUGGGUCAGAGUCUUCAGGCAGUGAUACUGUUUAG